UUUUUUUUUUCCAAACAUUUUCUCAGAUAUAUAACAUAAUCGUUUGUUGUUAAGCAGAAAACAAAAUCAAUCCAUGACCUUUUAUAAUGUAAUUUAAGAAUAGUAGAAGUAAACAUUAUUUCCCUUUACUUUUGGAGAUAUGUUUAAGUGAAAAAAAAAAAAGAAAAAAAAAAGGGAAGAAAAAAAGGUUGUUGACACAAAAUGUAUUCUUUAAUUAUUCUUUGGGUUUGAUUAUGUAUGAAAUUUCAAUCGUUAAAUCAUAAAAAUGGCUUCGCCACGAAUAAUUUCAAAAUUUCAAAGUUUAUCUCCAGUACCAAAUUUAAGGAAUUCAUUAACACCUAGAAGUUUUAUAAAAAAUAAUAAUUAUAUUAAAUCACCGGAAAAUAAAAAUAGAUUAUCGCCUUUCAAUGUUAAUACACCUGACAGAAAAGAAAUUCUUCUAAAUGGUUUACCUAAUAAACAACGAAUUGUAUUAGGUACUGGAGGAUUUGGUACAGUCUAUAAGGCAUUAUAUAAAGGAAAUCAAGUAGCAGCAAAAAUAUUGAAAAAAUCAAAGGAUAGCGAUAAUAUUAUCAAUUCGGAGAAGCAUGCUUAUUUAUUGAGGCAUACCAAUAUUGUUAAUAUUUUAACCAUAGAAGAAGGUGCUGCUUUAUCAUUGAUAACAAUGGAAUUAUGUGGUAUUACGUUACAAGAUCAAUUGGAAAAAAAAGCUUUAGACAGAAGAGAACGUAUUCGUAUUUGGAGGGAUAUAGCUUGUGCUCUUCAAUUCUGUCAUAAUGCGGGUGUGGUUCAUGCGGAUGUGAAGCCAAAAAAUAUUUUAAUUGGAAAUUGUGGUCAACCUAAACUUACAGACUUUGGGAGUUCUGUCUUAAUAAAUAAAGUACAUGCCGAACAGGCAUCUAAUAUAAUGACAAGUACACCAGGUUAUGCAGCACCAGAAGUUUUAUGCGGAAUAAUUCCCAGUCCUGCUGCAGAUAUUUAUUCUUUAGGCGUUUUAGCCUGGCAAAUCCUUUCUAGGAAAAUACCCUUUGAAGGAUUCCACGUGCAUACUAUUAUCUAUUUAUCUGUAAAAGGAAAGAGACCUUAUGAUGAAGAUCUCAAUGAUGAAUUUCAAGGACGAUACAAGUCAUUAUAUAGAGAGAUGUGGUCUCAAAAAAUUACAGCUCGACCAAUAACAAGUAAAGUGAUCUAUAUGCUAGAUAUCCUAAUGAAUAAAUAGGUUUUAUUUAAAUCAAUUAAUGUUCUAUACUUGUUAGUAUACGCGUCGCUUAUUAUUAUACAUUAUUAAAUAAAUGUCGUGUUUACAUAUAAUAUAUAUAUAUAUCAAAUAUGUGAAAAGAGAAAUGUGAUUUUAUGUAUCUGGCAUCUCUCCACCAGGCACAAGCUGUAAAAAGAAAAUCAAUUGUUAAAUUGUAAGGUUAUAUCAAUACAUAAAUAAUUAUUUUUUAUUAUAUACGAA